AUGGCAGGACAUGUACUGCAACAUCCACCAACAUACGCUAUGACUCAUCGCCCUGGGCAUGUCGAUGUGUUGCCACAGUGCGAGACACCAGAAGAAUUUAUUGUACGUACGAGCCCGCGCUUACGUGUGUUUCAGCAUGAUUAUGUCUCUGAUGAUGUAUUCGAAUCCCCCAUUACCACAGAGUCUGCUCUUGCUUCUCAUGUUCAAGAAACGUCAAACGCUUCUUCACGCGACGUCGUAAACUCGGCAUCAUAUGCUGCGACCCAAGCCGUUACACCAGAUAUGACUCCCUCUCAUGAGGAGGUCCAUACCUAUUCUUCUACCUCCUCUUCAGAUGGAUUGAGUUGGGGUACCGGCAAUGAAACGAGCACUCUUUUGGAUCUUGAUUUCGCGUCAAAUCAGUCUCCAGCCACCCCUGAACGCAUGGAUCCGCUAUUGUAUGUGCCCCUAUUUGAAGAGACGUUAUCGAACACACAUGAAUCACUUCACAAUUCGCCAUUUGUUGAAGACAAGCAGCCUUUGGUUUCCGAUGCUAGCAUCAAUCCAAAAAUGCUCUUGCCUGCUGCAUCUGAACGGAAGAUCGGUGCGCCAGUGACUUCAUCAUACGUCUCUCAAGAACCACUUGCCCCAAUCAAGAACGAGUCUGAAUCAGAUGUGUGCGAUCUUGAUACCAAAACUACGAAUUCUACUAUCACGACGUCCGCAUUCACGGCAUUUACGCCGAUGCGCCUGGGUGCUGCUGAGGAAUUCGCACGCCCAAGCAGUAAAUGCGUAGGCUCUUUGCCGCGUCAACGAAGCCACAGUCCCAGCUUAGACCUUGAUGAUCUGCGUCCAUCGUUGGAGGAAUACAAUAAACUAUCGAGUAAAGAAAAACGGCAGCUACGAAACAAAAUUUCCGCUCGCAACUUCCGAAACCGACGCAAAGAGUACAUCACGCUACUAGAGGACCAGCUCAAAGAGCGGGACUCAGUCAUUCGACACCUUCAAGACCAACUUUCGUCUAUUCGAUUGGAAAAUCAUCACCUCCAAGAAGAAUUACGUUCACAACGCCCUCGCACUGUUUCAGCGGUUGAUGUAUCAAAAUUCCUCAGUGUUCUUCAACGCAGUGCGAGCUCAGCGUCCGACCUGCCGGACGUUAAUGCCAACCAGAAUAGGCCUGUGUCUCGUUCGUCCCCCAAACUACCAUCUGCGCCGCUUCAAAAUGCUCACAAGGAUGUAAACUCAUCCUCAUACCCUGAAUCAUCUUCGAAUGCUUUUUGGAGUCGGGUCAACAGUAUGUCUUCUAUGACCGCUGCCGUUGCAUAA